UAAAAAAUAAAUGAAAUAAAACAAUAUCAAUAUCAUUGUCCUAGCUGCCCACAGAGCUCUGGUUCAGCUCUCCCCUCUACAGAUGGCUGAAACGCAGGUUCGAUUCGGAAUACUAGGCUGCGCCGAUAUAGCCCGCAAGGUCUCUCGGGCCAUAGCACUCGCUCCAAACGCCACAGUAGCCGCCAUCGGUAGCCGUUCUCUCGACAAGGCCAAGGCCUUCGCGUCCGCCAACAACUUGCCCACCGACGCCAAGAUCUACGGCUCCUACGAGGCCGUCCUUGACGACCCGGACGUCGACGCCGUAUACGUCCCCUUGCCCACCAGCCUGCACGCCCGUUGGGCCGUCCUCGCUGCCCAGAAGAAGAAGCACUUGCUGCUCGAGAAGCCCGUCGCCCUUAACGCUGCCGAGUUCGAUACCAUCAUCGAGGCUUGCGAAUCUAAUGGGGUGCAGUUCAUGGAUGGCACCAUGUGGAUGCACCACCCCCGGACCGCCAAGAUGAGGGAGUUCCUCUCCGAUAAAGAGCGUUUUGGGCAGCUCAAAUCGAUACACAGCUGCUUUACAUUCGCCGUCAAUUCUGAAUUUCUUAAGAAAGACAUUCGUGUCAGGCCAGAUCUUGACGCUCAUGGUGCUCUUGGAGAUGUUGGCUGGUAUGCCAUCAGGUCAAUCCUGUGGGCUGCUGACUAUGAGUUGCCAAAAACAGUAACAGCCUUGCGCGGGCCUGUAUUUAAUGAAGCAGGGGUGAUUCUGUCUUGUGGUGGUUCUCUAUAUUGGGAAGAUGGGCAAGUAGCAACCUUUUAUUGCUCUUUCUUGUCAAAUAUGACUAUGGAUAUAACCGCUAUUGGGACAAAGGGUACUUUACAUCUUCAUGAUUUUGUUAUCCCUUUUCAAGAGCACGAAGCCUCUUUUUCUGCUGGGACAGAGUUAGGAUUCAAUGAGCUCGUGACAGCAUGGGUACCACAGCCAAGUAAGCACACUAUCACCACACAUCUUCCUCAGGAGGUUCUGAUGGUGAGGGAAUUUGCCAGUUUGGUAGAGGCCAUUAAAGUGAGAGGUUCGAGACCUGAGAAGAAGUGGCCAACCAUCAGUAGGAAGACACAACUGGUACUGGAUGCAGUCAAGGCAUCGAUUGAGAGAGGUUUUGAGCCUGUUGAGCUCGGGAGUUGAGCGAAAUGUCUUUGCACUGUGUGGUUUCUGUUUGAGCAGGACGGCUGUUUCUGUAAAUUGCUCGUGUAAUAAUGCUAUUGUCAUUGUGCUGUGUCUACUUGACGUCUAUAUUUCUUUAUCUUCUGGUUUAUGCUUA